AUGGCACCGAAAACCAGCGGAAAGGCCGCGAAGAAAUCCGGCAAGGCCCAGAAGAACAUUGUCAAGGGCGAUAAGAAGAAGAAGAAGCAGCGCAGGAAGGAAAGCUACGCCAUCUACAUCUACAAGGUGUUGAAGCAAGUUCACCCCGACACUGGCGUUUCGUCGAAAGCCAUGAGCAUCAUGAACAGCUUCGUCAACGACAUCUUUGAGCGUAUUGCCGCCGAAGCCUCCCGCCUGGCCCACUACAACAAGCAGUUGGCCAAGCACGCCGUUUCGGAAGGCACCAAGGCCGUCACCAAGUACACCAGCUCCAAGUAA